GGGGCGGCCCCCUCGGCCCCUCCCCUAAAUCCGCCUAUGAUAGUACAUUGUUCGUCUGUAGCAUUCACUGACUGAAUCAGACGGAACAUUUCCUCGAUGCGAUUGCCAGCCAGCAAGUCUGGGUUUGGUACGAUAAUAUACAGGGCGGAUAGGCUAAAAAAUUUGUAGGCCCGGGCCCAAGGGCCUAUAGACUCGCUACGCCCCUGCCUGCAAUCACGUGAACUACAAUUUGUUUUGCUCUCUCAUUGUAACAUUAUUUGUAACUUUCAUUGCUUUUAUGGCUUCUUAUAUAAUAACGGUGACUGGUGAUUUGAACAAAAUUCAUUGAUGACAGUUUUCUUUUACAGGCCAGCUCAAAGAAACUGCCAAAUACCCAGAGAUACUAUGCUGCAUCAGAUGUACAUGUACCGUGUAAGGAGAAAGGAGAAUCGUUACAUCCUCGCAUGUAAUUAAGUGAAAAGUUCCUGGUAACUCUUCAUAAGAAUAACACACCAUGGCAGCCAACGAUGGAGUUCUAUCAAUACCACUUGUUGUAUUUGGAGUAACCUACUACUCCCUGAUGUUUAUUUUGUCAACACUGGGCAACUCUUUCGUUCUUUUUAUCUGCUACAAAACAAUAAAAAGACGACCGUCCUCGCUAAAAUGGUUUAUCGCCAACUUAGCCGUAGCUGACCUUACAUUUGCGUUAUUGUCUACAUUUGACUUGAUAAGUUACGUAUGGACUUGGGUUGGCGGUCAGCUCUCCUGUAAGCUGCAAAGUUUUUCCAUCGAGACCUGCUACACGGUUUCAAUGACGACCCUUGUUCUCAUAAGCUUUGAACGUCUCAAGGCUGUGGUUGAACCUUUCAGUGUUAGACUGAGCACUCGGGAAACUGUGUACAAGAAGGUGAUCUCCUCAUGGGUACUGAGUGUCGUUGCUGCCUCGCCUUUACUUUAUGCCUACCAAUCCCACGCGGAUAACAGCGGUGCAGUGAUUUGCACCAACAACACACUCGGAGAUUUAGGAAGACAGAUUUAUUAUGGUAUUCAUGCUGUCUGUUUCUUCGUCGUUCCUCUAAUUUAUAUGAUUUAUGCCCAGAGCGCCAUUUUUCUAACUUUACGGUCAAACGUUUUUCUAACGCAAAAUACCUUCUCAACAUCGCAUACUAAACGGCAUCUCAAGGCCGCCAAGCCUCUAGUGGCCCUCACUAUAGCGUUUGCAAUAUGUUGGUCACCAUUUACAAUUGUUCGAGCGCUGAUUUACUUCCACCUCACUGAUGAAGGGUAUGUCUGGAGGGCGUCUCAAUUGUUAAUUCUCUCGAACACGGUCUUAGACCCGAUACUGUAUGGAAUUUACGGAGGAAAGCUAAAACCUUUUCUUAAACGUUUGCUCCCCGAGAGGCCUCAGACUAAGACACGAGUCGCGAGAGUUACACCGCAGAAAAACGACGAGACUAAUAAAAACAGCCAGGGGUACCACGUGACAUGAGCACGUGAUAUGAAAAGUCAGUUGACCACAUCCGAAUUGCCUGUGGCCUUUAUGGUAAAACAAGUCCAUUGAUAUGAAAACGUGCCCAAAAUCAGAUUGAAGUGAAAAGUUUUGCACAAGGACUCGUUUUGAAACAGAGAGGCACAAGAUAACUCGGAAAUGGCGUAUUCGUUUGCCAGUAAAAUUUGAACCACAUUCCCUAAAAUUGCAUUGUGUUGUAGAAUUUUUUUUCCUAGAGGAAUACACUUAAGGUGAUUACUCAGUAGUGCAUUGCGCAUCCCUACUGCCCACGGUUUUCAUGUCAUUAGCGCGCGUACAUGAGCGCAUGCGCCUACAGGACAUAGGAGAUUUCCCUCAAACUAAGCUCGACAGCAAAAUAAAUGCUUCUUUUCUCUUAAACAAGCACGGUGACCCCCACUUUUUAAUGCAUGAAUUUAAAUUACACAAGGUUAUCUACAAUAUAUCUCAAUUUGAAGAAAAGUUUAAAAUUCUGCUUAGAAACAUUUUGAUUUUAAUACCUUAAAGAACAAGUAUUUAGGUAGUGCUGGGUAUGUGUGCCCGCAGAGAAUUCUUAAGUUUGUAGUAUAAUCCUAACUCCUGUUUAACUAACGUGGUUUGACAUGUAAGUUCAGGGUCUAUUUUGUUUAACUUCUCCAAUAAAUUAAUCCAAUAAGUGUUUUUUUCUUUAGAAUUUCUGGUGCCCCUUUCUGAUAACUAACGUUAAGUAAUGACGACCUCGUUGGUCACAAAGUUGUUACAAAGGCCACCCAAGUUGUGCAAAAACGAGCACGGUGACACUAUUUUUUACUACAUUUUUCUGAUAUACAUAACAUGAUUACCAACUGGAUGAAAUACGCCUUCUUUUUAACCGCAGUGGAAUCACCUUAACAUGAAGAGAGGUCGGUUGAAUUGCCAUUGACAGUGGGUAAACUUAGCCUAGCAAUUGUAGUAAUUCUCUUUUUGUUAUACAACAAAGCGAUAUGUGUGAUU